AUGCAUUCACGGACCCGGCCCACGUCCGAGAUCUACGUCCAGAGUCCACUUCGCUUCUCGGACGCAGAUACGGGCCACCGCCCUAACGCGCUGCUCGCAAACUCGGCCCUCCAGCACCCCAUUGGUGACCCUGGUGAGUACGGCUCUAAUGGAUCCGGACUCAAUGGCCUUACCGGUGGUGGUGCUCCUUCUGCAGCGGCUGUGGGCACUGGUGGCUCCAGUAUUAUUGGUCCGGUGCCUCUUUUUUCUCAAGUUCAGCAACAGCAACAGCAUCAACAUCAACAUCAACAUCAGCAUCCACACCAACAUCAACAUCAACAUCAACAACAACAACAUUUACUGGCUCCUCAACCAGAUCGCGUGACAGACCAAUGGAUCGCAGACUUGGAACUUUACCAAAAGACUUUAGACGAAAUGGCAUCAGUCAGUAUUGACGAGGAAUUCAAAGAUGAGCUUUCGGCAGUCCAGCAAUGGUUCUCCAUAAUCUCCGAGGGUGAACGUACUGCCGCGCUUUACGCGCUCCUGGCUCAAUCCAACCAGGUCCAAGUUCGUUUCUUCAUUACAUUUCUUCAAAACAUGGCUAAAAAUGAUACACUCUCUGGGGUUCUUUCUCCAUCAAUCCCAGACUUUGCAUCUCAACAGCACUUUACUCAACAACAACAACAACAACAACAACAACAACAACAACAACAACAACAACAACAGCAGCAGCCACUACCGCCAUCUUCUUCAUCUUCAUCGUCAACAGCAAAUUCUUCCUUUCACCCUCAUCAUCAGCACCAUCACUCUCUUAAUGCACCUUUCCCAAGCAAGUACCAGGUGGCCUCGGAUUAUCGCUCAAAUCGAUUCUCAUCCCCACCAAUCCCACUUCAGGAUAACUCGCUUUCUCAGCAAUUCCAAAAUACGCUUCCACAUCAUAAGCACUCGUACUCACAAACCUUGUCGAGUAAUAGCAACAUUAACAAUAGUAAUAAUACCUCUACGGUGGCUUCCGCUGUUGCAGUAGCCACAGGUACCUCCUCAUCCUCCUAUUCCCUACCCCCAGAUCUGAUAUCUUCCAUGGGUCCAUCCCAUUACCAGCAAAUUAAACACCCCAUAACCACCGCAGCUCCUGUGGCCAUUAGAAAUACCCCCUGGGCCACUACUCGUGAGGAAAUCAACCGCCCCAAGUCUGCAGACGUAACCAUGACUCGACUGGGCUUUCAAAAUAACAACAUUAACAACAACAUUACCAACAAUAACAACCAUAAUAAAAACAAUAUUAAUACCUCUCGGUCACGACUCAAUGCAUCGUCGUCUCCUACAGGGUCUCCUGAAGAGGAAUCAUGGCUAGACGCCGAUUCAAAGCAAUUAAGGAAACCUCAACGUUCAGGAUCAUCACAAUUCGAUGACGACAAGAAGGCUCCUACUCCUCGCCGUAAAGACGAAGCAACGUUUGUGCGACCUAUCCCAUUGCACCCGGAUGAACAGUCUCAGUCUCAACAACAGCAGUCAGGCACUACUACUUCGAGCGUUGCUGCUUCUCCAUCCCCAACCCCAACUUUAUACAAGUUUCCCAAGGAUGAUAAGGACGCUGCAGCGCAGCCGUCAUCUUCAUCUACUUUGACUACUACUUCUUCCUCCACUACAGGAAUUCCAGCCUCGGCAUCUCCUGGGCCACCAGCGGGCUCAGCUUCGCCUGAAAAGUCCAACGAGGCGUACCUGCACCUAGCUCUUCUUGAAGACAUUAAUGCAUGGCUUAAGGCAUUGCGAUUGCACAAGUACAAGGAUGCUCUUGGCGAUCUGCAUUGGCGUGAGCUUAUUAUGUUGACGGACGAAGACCUGAUUAAUCGUGGUGUGCAGGCGCUGGGAGCACGCCGCAAGAUGCUCAAGGUGUUUGAGACUAUCAAGCAGGCUGAGUCUGCAGGCACUCUUUCGUAG